UCAAGCAUGAUUUAAUCCGAGAAUUGCGCUGACUUGAAUGUAACCUUCGUGUCGAGCGCUGCACACUUGCCAACUGAACACAUGUGCACCUCAUCAUGAAUUCUCUAAGCGCUGCCAGCCUCGCGAGGACGAUGGUGUUCUUCGUCGACUUUUCCUACUUGCAGUCCGUGAAUGAGCGGUUGCAAGAUUGCAAGGCUUCAGCAGAGGACCGACGUGCCCGCAACCUACCCCAUGCUCCAAACAUUGACUCUCGAAAAGCAGCCGAGUGCCGUGACAUUUUUCAUUUCAUGGGGGACAACGGUUUUCAGCAACAAGCGAACGCUAGUCUCAGCUUCAGUGACCGGCAAGCAAGGCACGAAGGCAUUGCGGACGCUCAUCAGCAAACCCCAUGGUGGGCUUUGAGCGGGCAAGGAAACGGAGAGAGCAACAGUAACCGACUUCUCAGCUGGUUGAGACUGGCAGCGGGGCCGCAAUGAAGAAAUCACAGCAAGGACUGCUUCGGACUUUGCUAUUCGACAUCUUUCGACGGUGCCCACAGCUCAUAGCGGAUAAAUACGACAAGCAAUGGCCAGGCUUACCGAACAAGGACGAUGUUCAAUAUCUGACGUGGAAUCUACCGAUGCUUUGCCAGGUCCUUAAACGUCUGAUGCACCAAAAUAAUAUUCCCGUGACCCCCAUUUUUCGGGGGGGCGGAAGGGGGGGAAGAUGCCUUCGGUCAGGAUCCAACGAGGCAAAUACUCAUGCACGAGCUGAAUAGGGGUGGUAUUAUAAGAUAUACCCGCAGCUGCCUUUUGACGCAGUCGCAGGUGUAUUCCUUUGGGCCUUGCUGGUGACCAGACUAUUCCGUGACGGCUUGACAAACAACAACAGUUAUGCC